AUGAAGCGCUCCAUGGCUCAUGGGCAGACGAUCCCAACAGUCAUCAGGGUCCUAAGUACCAUGACCAGGCCAGGACCGGAGCCCCGGGAAGCGGCCGUACGGGAGGAAUUCUUCAGCCCACAGUUUUUGGAGAGAUCGUCACAAAGAUCCCUGCGCUUUCUGCAAGGACCAACCCCUACGCGCAACGUCAGAAGCCUCGGCACCCACACGCUGCGUAGAUUUACACGAGUAAAUCCAGCGGUGAUAAUAAACCCAGCUGCAGUCAGCGCCUGCCGUUACCUGGCUCACAGCUGCUGUUCGUCAUACUCUGAUGUGAACGCUUACAUGAUGGCGGAACUGCUUCAUGUGAAGGACAAAGGAAGUUCCAUGGAAGACACAGCUGGUAGAGGGAACAUGCUGUUGACAGCUGCAGCUGGUAAAGGGAAUACUGUGUCAUAUUCUGGUGUGAUUCGUGAGAAGCCAAAGAAAUGGCAGUGUUCCUCUGAAAAUGUUUUCUCUAUUGGCGAUGACAAGAGCCUCUUUCGUUCAUUAAUAUCACCCCCUCAAAUGAGGACUUGCCAUCAUUGUAGUCUGUUUGGAUCGCUCAGAUGUUCACAAUGUAAGCAAAUAUACUACUGCUCUGCAGAUUGUCAGAAGAAAGACUGGCCAGCACAUAGUGUUAUAUGUAAGCCAGUUAAAGAGAAUGCAAGUAAUAAUAAUGGAGGCAAGUUACCUGCUAAAACUGAGAAGGGAGUUUAUCUUAAGGAGGAAAUGAUGUGGAGUUUUGCUGUAGACUUUGUUCUUCCAGAUUUUAGAGACUGCUUAGAUAAAGUACCUGUAGAAAUGAAGUCUGAUUUAACUCCAGGAAGUAACGCCAAAGGAGCAGAUUCCAAAGAGUCAGAAAACCGUUCUCAGGGAGGCAGAGAAACACCUGAAGAUGAAGAACUUCUUCACUGUGCUGAUUCGGUUGCAAAGUGUGUCUCUGUAUCUAUCGGAGAUACAUUUGCAGGUGUGGUUUCCUGCGUUCAAAAUCCAGAAUGCUUUUUCUGUCAGCAGAUACACAGUGCCUGUCAACUUGCUGAGCUACAGCGGUCUCUUAACGAACAUUGUGACAAACUUCCCAGUAGUUCAGCUUUCUGUCCUGCUGCUGGAAAUGUGUGCUGUGCCCAGUUCACAGAAGACAAUCUGUGGUAUCGUGCUGCUGUGAUAGCACGUGUUUCUGAAGAUACUGUUUUGGUGGGCUAUAUAGAUUACGGUAACUUCGAAGUUCUUCCACUGACUAGACUUCGUCCUAUGAUGUCAACAUUAAUGGACUUGCCAGCUCAAGCCAUAAGAUGUACCUUGGCAGGUGUAAAGCCACCAUUAGGAGCCUGGACCUCGAAAGCUAUUUCUUUUAUGAACCAACUGGUGAAAGACAAAGUAUUCACAGUAAAAGUGGUGGAUAGAGAGAGUUACAGAGCUGUGGUGGAGCUUGUGGAUGCAUCAGUUACUCCAGUAAUAAAUGUAUCGAGCCAUCUCAUAGGGAAAGGCUGUGCAGCUGAGGAAUCGAGGAUGGCCUUACCAGCAAUCGGAAUGAGUGAUAUUAAGCGAGCAGAUGAGGACACAAUGAACAAAGGAAUUUGGAAGUGGAGUAAAUUAACUCUUAAACAAACAGUAGAUGUCAUAGUGUGUACACUGUACAAUCCUGGAGAAUUCUACUGUCAGAUUUCAAAUAACAGUGAGUUACAGGCUCUAAACUUACUUAAUAAAUCAUUGUCUGAAUACUGUCAGAAAACUCCACCAAAUGUUUCUAAGCCUGAGAAUGGAGAACCUUGCUGUGCUUUUUUCUCUGGUGAUGGUAACUGGUACCGUGCUUUGGUGCAAAAUGUUACUUCGGAUGGAAGUGUUAAAGUAUGCUUUGUAGACUACGGAAAUGUUGAGGAAGUACCACUGGAUAAAGUACGGCACAUCUCAUCCUCGUUCCUAAAACUUCCAUUUCAAGGAAUUAAAUGCUGGCUCUCAGGUAUAAAGCCGAGUAAUAGCAAAUGGAUCCCAGAAGCUACAGCAAGAUUUCGUAUGUACACUACAGGGAUAAAGCUUCAAGCCAGAGUGACUUCCCUUUCCAGAGAUGGGGCAGGUGUAGAGCUUAUUGACAAUUCCACAGGUCUUCCAAAAGUUAUCAAUGAGAUAUUAACUUCUGAAAAACUGGCUGUAAAGGAAGUUCUACAAGAUAAAAAUAACUUUUCAAACAAGCCUGUUGACAAAAAAGAAACCUCACUUGGGCACUGGAGGUCGAUUGAAUUGGCUAUAGGUGAAAGCAUACCUGUGUGUGUAACAGAAGUUGUAAGUCCAGACCUGUUCUAUGCUGUACCAGUUCAAACUAAAGAUCAAGAGAAGCUACACAGGCAGUUGAUUGAACUAGAAGGCUAUUGUAAAUCUUGUAAGAACCAGCCCUUCAAACCCGAACUGGGUGAAGCCUGUUGUGCCAGGUCUUCAGGUGAUGGCUAUUGGUGCAGAGCUCUUGUUCUAAAAGCUUCUCAGUCUGCAGUGAAAGUACUAUAUGCAGACUAUGGGAACACAGAAACUUUACCGCUUUCAAAGGUGCUGCCAAUUGCUGAUUCCUACUUAAAGCUGCCUUUUCAGACAAUUUUGUGUUCACUUGCAGGAAUAGAGAAAGCCGAGUGGUCUCCAUUAUUACUUGACAGGUUGAAAGAGAUGUUAUUGAAUAAAUAUGUCACAAUUACAGUGAAAGGCAUUAAUGGAAAUGUUAAUUUAGUAACAGUGGAGAAACUUUGUGAAAAUGGUAGUCUGAAUGUGGCUGACAAACUGGUAAUGGAAGGUUUUGUCAAAUCCUGCCGUGCUGAAAACUUACAUAGGGAACAUCAAGGCACUGGAGGUGAGACCAAAUGCUGCUGCACAGAGUUAAAAAUUCGAGUAAGAUUCAGUCCAAGCAGUACUCACUUUAUGUUUCCAGAAUUUAAAAGAAACCCUAUGUGGGAGGCAAAUGGGAGUGGGGGGAGAUAA